AUGACAACAACUAUCUCAUCUAUAGCCGCGAAAGUCAAUGAAUGCCAACUAAAUGAAGAGAUACGCAGAAGGGACCAAAAGAUUGACGAGUUGGAGAGUGUUGUUUUACAAUUAAAAAUGCAACAAUUGAAGAAUGAUCAUGAGGAAGAUAGAAAACUAUUCACAUUGGAAAACUCAUUGCACAAUAUCAACAAUAAGUUGACUGAAAUGGAAAUGAUCAACGGGGAUUUGAGGAAUCAUCUAACCCUUUCUCAAAACAUUAUUGAGAAGAAGAAUGAUGAAAUCAAGAAAUUGGAAUUAGCACUCAAAGAUCAACAAGCAGUAAUAGCGAGAGAGACCCUCAUUUUUCAACACAAAUUAGACGUGCUCCAACAGAGGAUUCAUCAGGGUGCAGAAGCUAGGACUAACUUUUCAAUGAAAAGACAAAGCGUCAAACUUGAGCAAAACCAAGCUUUGCCUCGAAACGACUCUCAUCGUGAAGAAGAAUCCCUAGAUUCAAAAUCAUGA